CUACUUUUUGAAACUGUCCCGGCCAAUGAUGCAGGGACGAGCCCGCUGGUGACUGAGUCGAGCCGAAGCCUCUCCGCUUUCGUUUCCCAACCAGGCUCGGGCGCCGUUUGGUAGGAGCCACCGCCAUGGCAACCUCUCCUCAGAAAUCGCCUUCUUCCCCCAAGUCUCCGACCCCCAAGUCGCCCCCUUCCCGGAAGAAAGACGACUCCUUCCUCGGAAAGCUCGGAGGCACCUUAGCCAGGAGGAAAAAAGCUAAAGAAGUAUCUGAACUACAGGAAGAAGGAAUAAAUGCCAUAAAUUUACCACUCAGUCCAAUUCCUUUUGAAUUAGAUCCUGAAGAUACUAUGUUAGAGGAAAAUGAAGUUCGAACAAUGAUUGAUCCCAAUUCAAGAAGUGACCCAAAACUACAGGAGCUAAUGAAGGUAUUAAUAGACUGGAUUAACGAUGUAUUAGUAGGAGAAAGAAUAAUAGUAAAAGAUCUGGCUGAAGACAUGUAUGAUGGACAAGUACUGCAAAAACUCUUUGAGAAGCUUGAGAGUGAGAAACUCAAUGUGGCUGAAGUCACACAGUCUGAAAUAGCUCAGAAACAGAAGCUACAGACAGUCCUUGAAAAGAUCAAUGAAACCCUUAAGCUUCCUCCAAGGAACAUCAAAUGGAAUGUGGACUCUGUCCAUGCAAAAAGCCUGGUUGCAAUACUGCAUCUUUUGGUUGCAUUGUCGCAGUAUUUUCGGGCCCCCAUCAGGUUGCCAGAUCAUGUGUCUAUUCAAGUUGUGGUUGUCCAGAAACGAGAAGGAAUCCUCCAGUCCCGACAGAUCCAAGAGGAAAUAACUGGCAAUACUGAGGCAAUGUCAGGACGGCAUGAACGAGAUGCAUUUGACACAUUGUUUGAUCAUGCUCCAGAUAAACUCAAUGUUGUGAAAAAGACUCUCAUUACUUUUGUGAAUAAGCACCUCAAUAAGCUGAAUCUGGAAGUUACAGAACUAGAAACCCAGUUUGCAGAUGGUGUAUACCUGGUGCUGCUGAUGGGUCUUCUUGAAGGUUAUUUUGUGCCUCUUCACAGCUUUUUCCUAACUCCUGACAGUUUUGAACAAAAGGUACUCAAUGUCUCAUUUGCAUUUGAGUUAAUGCAAGAUGGAGGGCUGGAAAAACCAAAGCCAAGGCCAGAAGACAUUGUCAACUGUGACUUAAAGUCAACGCUGAGAGUGCUCUACAAUCUGUUCACCAAAUACAGAAACUUGGAAUGAAGAAAAGCACAUCAGGAAGCCAUGGGUGGCAAAAUUGGAACCAAACAAACCAACCAAAAAGCUCUCCUUUCUUUGCAGUCAUUCUCAAUUUACACUACACUUUUUGAAAAGAGAGGGCACUGUUUCUUGGAAUGUUCUUUGUUGUUAAAUGUAAAUAUUAGAACAGUUUGAAUUCAGAAAUAUUAGAAAGUGAAAUCUGCUGGAAGGUAAUAGGUUUGAUUGGCAAAAAGCAGGUUGCUAUAUGAAUUAACUCUUGGUUUUAACUGUCUUUUAAUUUCUUAGAGAAUAAGCACCAGGCACAAAUCCUGAUCCACAACCAAGCUAAGCUAAAUUACUGCCAAACAGAAACAGGAAUCUGCUCCAAUGAGCUAUUUGAAGAAAACGACAUUCACGCUGUUUUUAUAUAUCUGUGGAGGGUCUGCUUCAUUUGCCCAAGCUUCUCUAGUGCUUCUCCCUUUCGUCACAGGGUUCCUCCCUGCUCCACAAAGGACAUAAUUAGAAACCCAGACUCUGACUGCAUUGGGCUUUUUCAUCAGUACUGGAGCUAAAACAGUUCUAGUCUAUACUAUUUUUCCCUAUACUAUUAUGACCAAUAGGAACAAUGCCCCCCUUCUUAGCAGCACCCAAAAACUUUUAGCAUUCAUGCCACAAAUUGCAUGGUCCAUGGAAUGAUAUAAGUUGAAAUUUGUCAGUUUAAUUAAUUUACGGAUUCUAUUGUAUAUUCUCUCUGUGUGUGUGUGUGUGUGUGUGUCUCUUUCUCUCUCUCUCGCCCCUCUACUUGUUGAAUGUUUAUUUGGGGCAAAUGAUUCAUUUUAUUUAUGAUUCAAGGACAUGAGGGAAAGGAGGGAAGGGAAAGAAGACACACACAGAGAGAGAAAGACCAUGUAUAGUUUGAUGAUACAAAUAAAACAACUUGUGUCACUAUAAGGGGCCAACUUUUUGUUCCCAUUAUAUACAUUCCACAUAUUUUUUCAUUCCUAUUAAGUCUGCAUGAAUAUAUGCAACUGGGCACUUAAAAUAACAUACAGUAUAGUAUCUUUGGUGGUGAAAUAGUCUUGUUUACUUGCAAAGACUGAGGUACGAAAUAUGUACAGACUUUUAAAGUGUGGAAAAUAUACAGCAAGAAAGUGCUAUAAACGUUGGAAAUAUAACUGGGGUUAGUUCUGCCAGGGUACUGAAAGAAAAUAAAAAUAAGCUUUGUUUACUUAAUGAAGAUGAAAAGGAAAGAAUAUAAUUGAUAAUAGUAAGAUAGAAGGUUUAAAGAAAUGCAAAAUAAAUGUUUAACUUGUUUUCUGAAUACCUCAGAUGAAUGAGAAAUUCUAAACAUUUACAGAAAACCAGACAAUGCUAUACUGUUGGUUUUGAGCAACAGAAUUAGCUUGUAUACAGAUAAAGUAUAAAUUUUUAGUAUAAUAUAUUUUUAUUCAACUUGAUUUACACUUAUUUUGUACUGAAAAUUUAGAGCAGUUUAAAAAUGUAUGGAAAAUGAUAAACUUAAAUGUAAAAUAAUAAUCUCUACAUAUUUUAUAAAGUUAGAUUCUGAUUUUAAAUAGAUCUUUCAUUUAGGGUCUUUAGUUAAUGUCUUUACACAUUAACUUUGUUUUUGUAGUUCAAAGAAAAUUGUUUACAUGAUAUACGGUCAUGCCUUUUGCCUUCUAGAAGCUGACACAGUGCUAUAAGUUAUUCAGUGGCCCGGAUCCAAUUUCAUCCAAAACUUCACUUGUAGUAAAUUUGCCAUGAGGUAUUUUAUAUGGGUUUAUAUAUUGCUCAAAUUAAUAUAAGAAUUGUCUUUGAGGAGUUAUAUGCCCUAGUAAAACCUUUGUUCAUAUAUAUUCGAAUGUGAUUUGUUACAUGUCAUUUUUCCUUGUAUGAGGGUUGUGAUAUAGAUGAUAUAUAAAAUAUAUCCACAUUAUUUUAUAUGUUCAAAGGGACUAGUUCUCUGUGAAUUCUUGAUCUUUGAACUUUGCCCAUUGUCAAGAGGCAGGAUUUUAUGUUUAAGGUUCAGAGAUCUUGAGUAGGCCAUAGCUCAGAAAGUGACCAUUCUCUAAAAUUCUUUUGGAUUAUUGGAUUCCGGAUUUAUGUUCUGUUUGGUUUAACCUCCUUGAACAGCAACAUAUUUCGCCAUGUGCAGAAGCUGCAGGGAAAAGCUAGAUGCUGACUGCUUGCAUUGCAAAAUCAAAAUUAAUACUAUGAAGGGGAAAAGGUUGGAAUAGUUGCUGAUUGCCAAGAAAAGCAACAAUUCCUCAUCAAGUCAUUAUUUAUGCUAAGUAAGGAAGAGGGGGAAGUUGCAUCAUGCCAACCAUUUAUGAUCCCAUUUUUUAAGAGAAAAAAGCACAACACUGACAAACUUGAACGCUUGUGGCCAAUCUAGCCAAUUUACACAAAAUGCCAACAAGUAAUUUUAAAAAAUUUUCUCUUUAUAGGAUAACAUAUCCAAUGUAAAGAUGAAACAAUAAGCAUCCCUUGUUGUUACUGGGUAAAACUUAACUGUUUCGUUUUAUAAAUAAGAUUUGUGUUUUAUCCACUAAAGGGACAAAUUCUUGAAAAAUAUAUAAUUAGUCAAACAAAAAGUAAAGCAAGCAAAAUUG